GGUCAAAGAAAAUCAGAUUAAGAUGCGGUUGCGGGAUCUGUGCUAGGUACAGUCAAUGGCGAGUCCUCAUAGGCCUCAUCAGUCAGAUCUGGCUUGAGAUUAAGAUUUGGAAAGAAAAAAGUUUUUAUCUCAGUAUUUAAGCUCAGCGACGUUCCCUGGGCGCAAUAAAUCCAAUUGGUCUGUCUAUUCCUUAGUCACGUGGGACAGAGGAAAGAAAAAAAUCGUUCCCUCUUGGGAAGUCUGGAUUGGACGAGGGUCUACCGUCCACUCGAGGAUAAGUAUAGUCGAAUAACUAGCCUAAGGGCGAUACGAAAGCGAAAGACAGGGAUUAUUGAAGUGUAUUUCAAAGGCGUCCCGGCAUUUUGAUGCCGCUGGGGUGCCGCUAACACUUACCUGUUCAUGCAUUUCACUAAGCCCUCCUGGGUCGCUCAUAUCGACACGUCCGCAAAAGCUGAUUCCACGAAGAGACUCUCCAUAUUCUCUGUGCACGUUCAUCCAGACGGGUCAAGGAUUGCCACAGGCGGACUAGACGCUAAAGUCCGAAUAUGGAGCACAAAACCCAUUCUGAAUCCUGCUUCAGAAAAGAGCAAUCGGCCACCCAAGUCUUUGUGCACACUGACAAUGCAUACAGGCCCCGUGCUCACUGUCCGCUGGGCUCAUUCUGGUCGGUGGCUUGCAAGUGGAAGUGACGAUGAGAUUGUGAUGAUUUGGGACUUGGAUCCUAACGCGAGAGGCAAGGCCUGGGGCUCAGAUGAAGUCAACGUUGAAGGAUGGAAACCUAUGAAACGUUUGCCGGGCCAUGAAAGUGAUGUCACGGACGUUGCAUGGGCUCCAGAAGAUAGGUAUCUUGCCUCCGUUGGUCUGGAUUCCAAAGUUCUGAUUUGGUGCGGAUACACUUUAGAGCGUCUGCAUAAGCUCGAUCAACACCAAGGAUUCGUCAAGGGCGUAUGUUGGGAUCCAGUUGGGGAAUUUCUUGCUACUCAGUCUGAUGACAGGUCUGUCAAAAUUUGGCGCACUAGCGAUUGGUCCCUAGAAGCAGAGGUCAAAAAACCCUUCGAAGAUUCCCCUGGUAGCACCUUCUUCCGACGACUCAGCUGGUCUCCAGAUGGUGCACAUAUCACUGCCUCGAAUGCCACGAACAACAAGGGUUUUGUCUUCAUCGCUGCUGUCAUUACUCGCGGGACAUGGACAUCAGAUAUUAGUCUGGUUGGACACGAGAAUACAGUUGAAGUCGCAGCAUAUAAUCCUCAUAUCUUCUUAAGAAACCCCUCAGCUCCCGUCGCAACCUCAAAUAUCUGCUCUGUCGUUGCAUUGGGUGCAGACGACCGAUCUAUUUCCGUGUGGCAGACAAAAUCUGCCCGACCUCUCAUCGUCGCGAAGGAGGUUUUUGAUAGGCAGAUAAUGGAUCUGAGCUGGUCUUGGGAUGGUAUGACAUUGUACGCUGCGUCGUCUGAUGGUACCAUCGCUGUAUUUGACUUCGAACAAGAUGAACUGGAAGGAAUAGCUCCGCAUUCUGUUCAAGAGCAAUACCUUUCCAAAUUCGGUUUCACCCCGCCUCCACUUCCUGAGGGUUAUUCCCACGUAAUUGCCUCUUCACACAACGCCACUGUCUCUGAAGUUCGUUCACAGUCGGCGGCAUUUGAUACUGCGACUAUCGGUGGCGAGGUAGUGAACGUAUUGGUUGCGAAAAGGAAUAACAAGAAGAAACGAGCCGGAUUGACGACCAUGUCAUCCGUACCAUCUGCUGGUGCAGGACCUUCGUCUUAUAGUAACAAACGAGCUUCCUUCCUUCCUGACUCGGAUGCGAAAUUGGGCAAGCCUGUGUCACCACUCGUCCGCGAAUCAUCCUUCCCAGCACCGGAUGAGCAACCAUUCGAUACACAUCCGGACUGGCACUCUCAUGGCGAUGUCAAUAUGGCACCCAGUGAUGCAUUCGAUAGCGGAUCAAUGAGGAAGAAAGAUGAGGUUUCACGUCCUAUGUAUAAGACGUUAGGUGGAAACCGUCAGAGGGAAAUGGUCCUUGUCAAAGAAAUCAACGAUUACGUAUCCGUUGGUGGUUCACUGGGACUCAGCUUGCCUGUUCCUGCUACUUUGACGCGGAUUACUGCGGAGCUCGAUGGUACUCAUAUAUUUGAAGGUCUAAAUCCCGAAGAUGGAGGUGCUACCUCGGUGCAUUUCUUCAAGGGCAAGCAAACACUUUGGCUGGAUUAUCUGUCGUCACCGGUCAUCGCAGUACAUGCCACGCCACAUUUUUGUGUUGCCGCCAUGUCGGAUGGUUCGCUCAAUGUGUAUUCGCCCUCAGGAAGAAGAUUAAUGCCAACUUUGAAUCUGGGUCUUUCUUGCUCCAUUCUGGAUGGUUCCAAAAACUGUCUAUUGGUUAUAACACAAGCCGGUGUUCUGCAUUUGUGGAAUGUCUCAAAGGGUAUCGCCUUCUUUCCUCCUGUGUCCGUUGCACCUCUAAUAUCGUCACCAAACGACACCAUUGUCUCUGCCCUCGUGCGACCAAAUGGCACCCCAAUUGUCAACUGCUCAAAUGGAACUGUCUACUCUUAUGACGCCGCCCUAUUCACUUGGGUCAAGAUCAGUGAUCGAUGGUGGUCGGAAGGUUCAGACGUGUGGCAAGGACGACAAAGGUCCCAGUCACAAGUUGCUAAUCGUGGGAUAGUUGCCUUUGUUGAGGGGAGCCUCAGUGGUCCGCCCAGCGAGGCCUCUGCAGAGACCCCCCGGCCAGAAUGGUGGAAUACGGCUUUGACUUUAGGCCAUCUGGAAACACGAUUGCAUGCUGCGAGAUUGCUUGAUAGCCCCGUUGAAUAUAAACAGUACCUCACGCUUUAUGCAAAGAAGAUUGCGGACGAAGGUUUCAGAGCCAAAGCAGAAGAACUUAUAAAGGAUCUUUCUGGUCCUAUAUAUUGGCGUCCCGGAGAGGAGAGGGACAUGGGCUGGUUACCAACUGUCGUCGGAUUGGUCAAACGUGAUCUGUUGAAGGACGUUGUCCUUGCUCAAUUUGCCAAAAGUAGGACGCUUCAGAAACUGGGGCAGGAUUGGCAGGAUCUUUUAAAAACGAUGGCUUCUGAGGGAAUGUAAAUUAUAUGCGCUGUCGGGAUUAUGUAUUAACUUUGCCUGUAAAUUUCGCGUUGUACAUAUGUUACUUGUUAGUAUCAAAAACUUGAACGCGUUGCGUAACGCGACGAACACGUGCU